CCUCAACGAGAUGCAGGAAAUGCGGUACUUUUUGUUCACACCACCAGAUGGAGUGAAAUAGGCUUCUUAUCAUUCCGAACGGCCCUUUCAUUGAACUCACAUUGGAAUUGCCCAUUUAGUGCUAGUUUGAUAUCACUUCUUUCAACAUGGCAUUGGCUCAAACCAAUAAUCCGUACUUGGAGGCGAUGGAGGAGGAUGUCCUUUACCAUUUGGGCCUUAGUACCAGCACUCAUGACUUGGCGGCAAUGUUUGGGGACAUUCGUUUCGUUUGCAUGGGUGGAACACCUCAGCGUAUGGAGAAUUUCGCCAAAUUCAUUAUGAAAGAAAUUGAUCACGUUCUCCAACCUGGAACGUGUCUCCAAGAUAUCUCCAGGCAUUCCCACAGAUACGCAAUGUUCAAAGUGGGACCAGUGCUCUGUAUCUCUCACGGGAUGGGAGUCCCGUCCAUGAGCAUCGUCCUCCACGAGGUGAUCAAGUUGCUAUCGCACGCCAAAGCCCGCGACCCGGUUUUCUUCCGAUUGGGCACAUGUGGUGGGGUCGAUGUGGACCCAGGAAACGUUGUCAUCACCGAGGAGGCGUUGGAUGGAUUGCUCCGCCCAGUGUUUGAAAACAUAAUUUUGGGGAAAAUUGUUCAAAGGCCCACUCAAGUGGAUCCAAUGGUGAUUGAAAGCCUUAUGAAGCUUGGGGAAAAGAUGAAGUUCACAACUGUGACAGGACGAACUUUGUGCACGAAUGAUUUUUACGAAGGACAAGGUCGAGUGGAUGGAGCUUUUUGUAACUACACCAAGGAAGAUAAAAUGGAGUACAUGAACCAUUUGAAGCAAGUGGGGGUCAAGAAUAUUGAAAUGGAGAGCACGUGCUUCACUGCAAUGACGCAUAUGGCCAAAUGCAGAAGUGCCGUGAUUUGUGUGGUUCUUGUCAACCGAUUAUGUGGCGAUCAGAUCUUGGCCACAAAAGAAACCAUGAUUGAAUGGCAAAACCGACCACAGCAAUUGGUUGCUGCGUACAUAAAACAACAGCUCAAAAUUGAGACUCAGGUUCCUUCGAAAUCGGAAAUGUUCCGUUUUGGUGGAUACGAGGAUGAUCAACAAACUGAGAGAACGUAAUCCCACAUUCGACCGGUCAAAGACCUUCAUCAUACAAUACAACAUCUCUAUAGAAGCACUAGCGAUGUUGACAAAACCUUCAAAAUGAAAUGCAAAUCCUGCCAUCCUU